AUGACAGUAUUUACCGACAUUUACAUUGCCCAUCCAGAGAUUGAUAUUAAGCUCCUUUUUAAGGUUUACAAAAUGCCCAAUAUUAAAGCUAUCAAGUUGGGUCCUGGCGCUGCUGUCUUUCGCUUCCCUACCAUUAGUGAAGUGGGAUCUGCAAUCACUCGAGUAUCCAUACUGCUUAACGAAGGCAAAAUAAGCUUGGAUCCCGAUACAUCAUUUUUGAACUUUAUAAACAAUUUGAAGACAAUCCGUGUUUUUGAGGUUUUUGUUCCUAAUCAUUGUCCUGCGGUAUCAUCCCAUUUUAGCAGGUAUUUUUCUGAUUCUCUUGCUAGCAAGCGCGACCCAAAAUUAUCCCCUCCUGAUGUAAAGGAAUUUUAUGAUCUUGCUAGCGAGUUUAUCCAGACCACUUCAGGCCACCGAUAUAAUUCCAAGAAACCGUCAUUCUCUUCUCUAUCGCCUGAAAAUCUUGACAAACUCAAGAACGUGAUGGACUGGUCGCUUUUGGGUUAUAUUUCGAAACUUGUAAAACUUUACGAUGAAUCCUUUGUUCCGACCCAGUUUUUCGGUCAUAUAUCAACAGUGGAACUGUAUAUGAAAUCCAUGGCAUCUAUGGAACACAUCACCCAUUUUCAUGUCCAUUAUUACGGAAUGCCUUGUUUUUCUUCCGUUCUUCACAAGCUGAUUGAGGGAGAAUACCCCAGCACUCACAAAUUCAAAAAAGUUCUUAUUUCGACCCUGCUGCCCCAGCAGAGCUUCCUUUUCGAUAUUGUUACACUCCCUAGACUGGGGUUCCCGAUCCAAAAGGGAAGGCGUCAACUGUCUUUUGAAUAUAACACCGAAAUUAGUAAUUUUUUUGCCGAGUGUUUGGUGGACUUUACUCAUGACCCGACAAAACCAUUUCAUGAUUAUUGGAAGAGUGGCCAGGAUGCCACGGAGGUUGGGUACAGGUAUUUUUCAUAUAAAGAGUUGGGCGAAAUAGUGGAGAAUGAUUUUAGCAUGGACUUCAGUGGUAUGCUAAAGAUUGAUGAUUAA